AUGACAGGCCUAUUCUACGCCGUUUUUCAGGCUUUACAUUGGGCCAAUCAAUCAUCCACUGGGAUUCCCAAUUUGCAGUACUACACUGCCGGCAACAUUUUCAACACCCUGUACUACACAUUUACGGCCCUCUCUCCUCAAAUGAUUAUAUUCCGUGUCACAGCUGCGCGGUCUCACACAUGCUAUGAGGAUCUUGACACCUCCAUCAAUCCCGAGAGCGAGCCACUGGGGGAACUUGCCUUUUACAAGGGCCCUGCAGGACGGCUAUCCUUGGAUUCUGCACAGGAUAACGAAGAAGGCUUUGGGGACGAACACGAGAACGGUGACCUAAUCGUCGAAGAGUCAAGGCAUACAUCAGAUGAAUGCGCUGAGCGUUGGCCGCGCGAAAGGUUUCUGAAGGAGAAGUUGACGGUUUAG